AUGGCAGCCAACGAAGCCUCCACCCCCAAUUUGGGUGGUACCUCUGCCCAACAUAAGGCCGGGCGAGCCUCUCCGGCGCCCCAGUCGAAGCGCGACCGCAAGCGCCAGGCCCUUGCCGACAAGAUUGCCAACCUGCAGGAAAAGUUCAGCAAGGACCGCGAUCUCGGGUACCGUGAUCAGCUUCAGAAGGUCCAGAUCGACACCAAUCUCGUACAGCGCAUCGACCCGUACGCCGACGAUGUUUUGAAUGUCAUCGCCAGCCUGCGUCAAGAACAUGAAGAGACCCAGGGACAAGAUGCGCUGUCUGACAGCAACCGCACUCUGCUGCAGAUGGCCGGUCCCAAAUUCGAAGACUUCGUUCAAGGCAUCGAGGAUCUCAUUGAGUAUAGGGAUUUCCACUUGCUCCAACACAUGCACGAGCACGAGCGCCGCCUCCAGCAAUAUAAGAACGAAUACGUCUACAAGGUGGAGACCGCGAAGCGCGAGCACCAAGCUCUCUCUGCUACCCUUCGUGACCGUCUCGUUAAUACCCUGCUCUCGAGAAAAUACCGUCUGAACAAGGAGAAGGAGGCGCUGGAGAUAUCCGAUUCUUCGGCAUUGCUCCUCCACCCCAACCAGUUCAGCAUAACCAACCCAGCCAGCCCUGGAGGCACUCACGGGAAGCGUGCAACAAGGCUGCGCAAAGAUGCCGAGGAGCUCGCCGGCUACGCGGAUGGCAAGAAACGCAAGAGAAACCCGGGCGAAGACGAUGGCUCCCCCGUCCCCUCUAGACGAGUGCUCGACCUUAACAGCACGACGCCUCUCUGGCAGAACGAGAAGCUCCGUGUUGCUGCAAAGCAGAAUGGACCCGCCUACAGUAUUGAUAAGCUCUUCACUGAUAAGGAGCUCUCUCUGGCGUACAACCAAGCUGCUGUUGCUUCCCACAAAUAUGUCCUUAGACACAAGCCCUAUGCGAACGGAGGUUCUUCCCCCGGAAGCGAUUCCGGUCAAGGCGACGAGAACGGUGACCAGGAUAGCGAGCCUACUCUGUCGGCCCCGACCAUGGAACGCACAAGCUCUCACGCUACUAGGAGCACAAGGGCUGGUAUCAACCAGAGUCUGAUCGACGCUGUCGAGGGCGCCAACGGCCUCGAAUUACCCAAGUACCUUGAGAUCAUGCAGCCACAUGAGCCUGCCAAACUACCGGCGGUCAAUGUGACUAACUACUUCAAGCCAGUCAGAGGGAACACCGACGGCAACCUGCCUCAACCGCUGUCGCACGAAGAGAUCAACUCUGACAUCAUGGUUAUGGACCUGUUCAAGAAGUAUGACGCGAACCACAAGCCCGGCGAUUCAAUCGAUCACCCCAACGGUAGCAGAAAGCUCUUGGAGGCUGCUAUCACCCCGUACACCAACACUCCCUACACAGGAUUCAAGCCAGGCCCCCGGCCGGAUCCGACGAAACUUAGAGAGGAUCUGAUGCCGAUCGAGAGCAGCAUCAGAGACGAGGCUCCACCUUCGUCUCUCGCGGCUGUUGCUGCGGUUCCCAUGAGUCGCAACAGCAGCGCAGCAGGAGGUGCAGCCAUGAGUCGGCAGGGCAGCUCUCGUGGCAAGGGCCGCAAGAACUAG